AUGGAGGACUCCAUUGAGGUCAUGCUCCAGGAGCACAACACAAGACUCCUCUACAGCUACCAGAACAACAGCUCUGUUACCUUGUGGAUGUCGGCCAUCUUGACUGGGGCUUCUGCACAACAACCGGCAGUUGGGUUCCAAUGCACUGGGUUUGAGAUCAACUCAACGCUGCAGACCUACCCACGAGAUAGAGCCUGGUGGAGGGGAAAAACAUAUACUAAGGACAAUUUUGUCAGCAAGGAUGUCUGGAAGACGGAUCUAUCACGAUACAACAACGUGACUGUAUUUAUGGCCCCCGCAGUGAUGGAAGUUCUAGAGGAGAAGCUGCUGAAGGAGCUUUCUGAGGAUGCCAGGGUGGUGGUGUGUCGCUUCCACUUCCCUCAUUGGCCACACACCUGCUCCAAGGGGGCGGGGUUAGACCAGGUGUGGGCCUAUGAUGUCAGCACUGUCCGCAAGCCCUAUCCUUCAGUGUCUCAAUAGGUUACAGUCAUAUACAUUUCAUUCGGUUACAUAAAUACUUUUCCUUAGAGCAAAUGGCAACAUGCUCAUUGCCCCUCUGCAUGGUAAGCAAUGGUGUGCAAGAAAACUUCUUAACAUAAGUUCCAUGUCAUUUCAUUGGCCCCACAUAAUGGUUUGUACAAUGUGCAUGUUGAAUUACAAAAGACCAUGCUGGCUAUUGCUGCCCCUCUAAAUCUUCAAUAGUACCUUAUUAAAUCUUAGCCACAGAAUAGAAAGGCUGUUAGCAGAAUGUAAAAUAGAAGGGAAUAAAAUACAUAUGCUUAUUUACAGUGUUUACUAUAACUUUGAUGCACAUUUACUUUGUUGGAUAUGCAGCAAGACCAAAGACAUAGCAUAAGGAUUGCAUGCUUGAAGUCAUUUUUUUAUCAGUUCACUUGUGUGACCUUAUUAUUUCCUGGGAAGGUUUGCUUUUCAAAUGUCUUAAGUCAACUUGAAGCCACAAACAAGAAAAAUCGACCUGAGAAAAGUGUUCUAUUGAAGACUGUGGUUGUGGUCAGAGUUUAUCCUCCAGAUAAUUAUUAGGAUCUAUGCACAGCUAAGCCACUAGGUCCAGCUGCAGCAGAGACAUCACUAUUUUUGACGACCCUUCGGUAGUUGGCGUAAAUGCCGUCCUCCUCCUGUUCUUCUGGGGCAUCACGCAUAAUACAGUCCCCCUCACUACCCUCUUGUUCUGGGGCAUUAUACAUCAUAUAGUCCCCCUCACUACCCUCUUCUUCUGGGGCAUUAUACAUCAUAUAGUCCCCCUCACUACCCUCUUCUUUGUGGGGCAUCACACAUCAUAUCAUCACCCUCACUACCCACGCUUGCUGAACAGUUGCCAGCAGCUGCCUUUGGCUCCUCUGGUCUUGCCAGUCGUAAAUUGUCAUAGUCACUCUCAUAGCACCCAGCUCUACCACUGUGGUUUCCCAUAGGGUAGCCAGCCGCCAAGACAUUGACACGUCAUCCGUGGGGAAUGGGAGUGGUGGUCUUUCCAUCACAGGACAUGGUUGACUCUUCUCAUAGACUCUAGAGGACUCCGCUGGAGGUUUGUUGAUCUGUGUUAGCUUGGGCGAAACUUGGGAGGUGGGUUGGUCUGCCUGGUCUGGCGACGCCACCAAUAAGCUAGGCCUCCACACACACCAAGCACGAUGAGAACAAACGUGACCGGACCAAGGAUUUGACCCUGCUGGUGUGUGGGCAGCAGUUGUCCCCACAGUGGGUUGUGGAGGUGCAGUUAGACAUGUUGGUACAGAAG